AUGGGCAAGCGUAAGAAAUCUUCUCGCAAACCAGCGCCUUCUAGGCAGAAGGAUCCAUUAGAUACAACAUUUACCUGCCUGUUCUGCCACCAUGACAAGGCUGUUACUGUUCGGAUAGACAAAAAAGAGGGCGUUGCACAGCUCGUCUGCAAAGUUUGCGAUCAGAGAUAUCAGAGCAAAACCCACCACUUGACAGAGCCCAUAGACAUUUACUCUCAGUGGAUUGAUGCUGCAGAUGCUGCGCAAAGGGAAGGGGGAAGCUCUAGGAGGCCUGCCGCGUCUUCAAGCAGACCAGCUCCCGCUGUUUCGUAUGGAAGUGAUGAGGAGUAG